UGUAAUCUAGCCCCCAAUUUCAAUAAUCAGCUCUACUCUUCUGUUUCGUUUGGUUUGACUCUCUCUCUCCCUCCCUCUUUCCUUUGGGUGAUUCAUCGAUCUUGGGCUGCUGUAGUUCAUAAAUUCCGCGUGCCGCCGAUUCGAUUGAAACUUGUUUCUUGAAUUGGAUCUGGAUUCCGACACAAUUUGCAGAAUUGGGAGACCUAACGAUCUGGUGGAGGUCUGAAAGCUGUGAAGAGGUUGAUAGGUUGGCUUGGGGAAGAAGACAGUGGAAAUGUCUGUAAGCCAAGAUCAGGCCAAUCAGUUACUGAUCAAGUUUAGAUUGAUCGAUGGAACAGACAUUGGGCCCAAAGAGUUCCCCCCGGCUACCCUUGUCCGGGACUUGAAGGAGGCCAUACCUGGUCUAUGGCCUAAAGGGAAAGAAAAUGGCCCAAAAGAAGGGGAAGAUGUCAAGUUAAUCAGUGGAGGGAAAAUUUUAGAUAACAAUACAACACUGGAACAGUGCAAUAUCGCGCUAUAUGGAAAUUCUGGAGUCACCACAAUGCAUGCUGUUAUCAAACAACCACCCCAGGAUACAGAAAAGGAAAUGACAGGCAACCCAAAGCAGGGCAGAACCAGCAGAUGCCAUUGUGUCAUACAAUGAACUCCAACAUGGAGAAAAAUCUUUUUGGAGGAUUUUAGGAAUUGUUUCCUCUUCACUGGACUGCAAAUUUGCAAAUAUUAGCCUCAUUCCAUGUACGAACUUAGGAAAUUGCCUGAUUAAAUAAUGCAACGAUAAGUAGCAGAAUGGAAGAAUCUCAUGACUUACCGGCAACCAAUCGGCAAACAAUGCUCUAUUCUGGCCGAGAGAUUGCCAGUUUCUUCUCGUAACCAGGUUUGCGUUUGGUGGCUUUUAAUAUUUUACCAAGCCCUAUAAUACUCCCACGUCUUCUUGCACGAGGAAUUACAAGUCAUUCAUGCCCCUUCAAACAAAUUUAGUUUCUAUGUGUGGAAGAACAUCAUCUGGUCUGUUUAUACAAAAUUUCACAGUUAUGAUACUCUCUUUAU